UGUAAACCAGAGUGCGUACCACAAAUUUCACACUUUAUAAAGGGCAACUGGUCCUCAAAAGCUCAAUUACUUCCUCUAAUCAGCUCAAUUUGCACAGAAAAAUGGGCUCAGAAGGUGGUACUGUAAGUUCUAACCAUGACAGAUGAAAAAACCAAGAAAAAAUCCAUAGAAGCUGCUGCAGAUAUCUUUGGGGAUGAUUAUAUAGCGGUAGAUCUAAAGGAUCAGAAGCUGACGGUGAUAGGGGAAAUGGACGCAGUGGCGGUGGUGAAGAAACUGAAGAAAGUUGGCAAAGUGGAUAUAAUAUCGAUCGGGCCUGCUAAGGAGGAGAAGAAAAAAGAGAAAAAGAAAGAAGAGAAGAAGGAAGAAAAGAAAUAGUUAAACGACUGGAAAAUCUGUGGAGUAUUGUCCGUCCAAACAGCAAGGUUGAAGAGAAAGUUAUUUUAA